AUGUCUUAUGCUUCACAUGAGAGAUCAUGCUGGAGAAAACCGUUCACUUGUGAUCAGUGCGGUUACAGAUUUUUGAGAGCUUCAAUCCUGAAGAAACACCUGAGUGUUCAUACAAAGGAGAAGCCACAUUCAUGUCAUUUGUGUGGAAAGAGUUUUUCACGUCCAGAAAAUUUAAAAGAACAUCAGAAAAUACAUGCUGUUGUGAGAGAGUACAUUUGCUUUGAGUGUGAGAAGACUUUUACUUCAGAGAAAUAUUUCAAACAGCACCAAAAGAUCCACACUAGAGAGAAACUGUACACAUGUGAUCAGUGCGGAAAAACAUUUUUGUGGGCUGCAUACCUGAGAACACACCUGAAAGUUCAUACAGAGGAGAAGCCACAUUCAUGUCAUUUGUGUGGAAAGAAGUUUUCUUCACUAAAAGGUUUGAAAGCACAUCAGAAAAUACAUACUGGUGUGAGAGAGUACAUGUGCUUUGAGUGUGAAAAGACUUUUACUUCAGCAAAGUGUGUAAAAAGGCAUGAGAGGAUUCACACUGGAGAGAAACCUUACAAGUGUUCACACUGUGACAAGAGAUUCAGUGAUCCAGCAAAUAUGAAAACACAUGAGAUGAUCCACACUGGAGAGAAACCAUACACAUGUGAUCAGUGCGGGAAGAGUUUCACACGAAAAGGACGCAUUAUGUCACAUAUGAGAGUUCACACUGGAGAGAAACCAUUCACUUGUGAUCAGUGCGGGAAGAGUUUCUCACAAUCAUUCAGACUUAAGGAGCACAUGAACAUCCACACUAGAGAGAAACUGUACUCAUGUGAUCAAUGCAGCAAAACAUUUUUGAGAGCUUCAGACCUGAAGAAUCACCUGAAAGUUCAUACAAAGGAGAAGCCACAUUCAUGUAAUUUGUGUGGAAAGAGUUUUUCACAUCUAGAACAUUUGAAAGAACAUCAGAAAAUACACACUGCUGUGAGAGAGUACAUGUGCUUUGAGUGUGAAAAGACUUUUACUUCAGCGAGCAGUUUAAAACUGCAUGAGAGGAUUCACUCUGGAGAGAAACCGUACGAGUGUUCACACUGUGACAAAAGAUUCAAUCAGUCAGCAAAUCUGAAAAUACAUGAGAGGAUCCACACUGAGAGAAAUCGUAUUGUAAGGAUCCACCGCCGGUCCAAAAACGGAAUCCAGCGGCCUGGUUGA